GGGUGCUCUGUUCUGUGGGUUGAAAUGAAAUGGUGUGUCACCCUGUCAUUAAAAGCAUGGCAAACUUAUUUCUGUGGACCAUUGUGUGUACAGAGGUUGUUAUGGUUACAGCUAGGCCUGUGCAUGCACCGUGGUGAAUUAGCUCCAUCGCUGCUUUGGUGUUUGUGUUAGCUAUAGAAACCUGUUGGAGAAAUAGAUUGCUGCUUUCGUCUCCAGGGCUUCUCUUUGCUUCACUGGAGGCUAUUUACCUUCUGCACUUGGGAGAUUGUGUCCUUGCCAUUCUUGCCAGCACAGUAGUUGCUCUCAGACUACAUGAUCUAAGAUACAGCAAGUUAUUUAAAACCAUUCACAGCAAAUCAGUUGUUUAUCCUAGACACUGUUUAUUGGGUCAUUAAGAAGACAUAUCGGUUUGCCAACGUGAGAGUUAACCAAAACUAAAUUGGCAUCAGUUUUUUCUUACUACAGAGGCAAAAUGGAUGACAUUUACAAGAUCUCUUCAACUGAGAGAAUUCGACAAGUGGAAAAUGAACUGGCAGUGCAGCUGGAUGAAUUGAAGACAGAAAUAGAAGAGAAUGGUGUUCUCCAAGGAACACCACAUCGGGCUUAUUGCUCCAUUCCGCUCCCAAGAGAUAUUUAUUAUUUCAGAAGAGAAAGGGAAUUUGUACUGAAGAAAUGUUUGCAGGUAUCUGAGGCAAAACCUCUUAUAAUUCAGGCUGAUGUCCUGCAGAGGGAGCUAGAGAGCUGUUUAAAAAGAGAAUAUACACCUGAAAGCUUGCCUUUAUUAUUGUACCAGUUUUAUACCGACAGAAUUACUCAGCUGGUCCAAAGCAAAUACUUAUACAUGCUUAGAUGGAAGAGAUUUUGUCAGCACAGCAGUGUUGCUGAGCAGCUCUAUCCUAUCUAUCAGAAACAAGUGGCUCACAUUAUGCAGGAGUACGGUGAUGCAGUUCAAAGGGCUGUACGACUGUCAAGCGCACGGGAGAACUUCCUGACAGGAAAGGAGAACCCUACAAAUUUAGUGACCCAGGAAGAUCUGACUAUUUACACACAGUGGCUAAUAUGUCACUUGCACUCACUGAAAGCUAUCCACAACUACCUCCAGGUACUCCAGUACUUGCCCAUCUCCCAUAGGAUGGAGGAGGUGACUGACAGACAUCAGGCCUGGUGUGAGGGGGAUAAAUUCAAAGCUGUCACUAAAACCAAAUUCUUGUCUGCCAGUACUCAGUUCUCAGUCUGCCCAAGCACAUCAGCAACAGAUGAGGUGAACAUUCUUCAUAAUUUUCCAAAUAGCUGGGCUAAACGAAAUGAGCAGGAGGGUGAUCAGAGUGCAAAUAGUGAAAGACUCAAGCUGAAUUCAACUGAAUGCAGGUAA